AGGGUCCCGUCAGUUAUGGCGCGCGCAGUUAAGUUUUGCUGUUGGGCCGCAUGAGUCGCGAGGGAGAGGAGAGUGUGGGGAGACCGGCGGUGACCGCCGAGCCGGGUGAAUGACCUCUACCUCAGCCCUCCUCACCGCCACCUCGGAGACUUCACCCUGGUAAAUAUCAAGGCUUAUUGGUAUAAGAAGGAAUUUUUGAACAAGUAUAAAAAGCUCUGUUCCAGGCACUGGAAGUGCAGGGAGGAACCAAUGAGACCCAGCCUUGUGUCCAUGGAGCUCACAUGCUGGCGGGGGCGAGUCCAGAAACAAAUGCCCAGUAUGAACGUCCCCGAGUAAUGCAUGCUGUAAAGAAGAGUGAAGCAGACCUGCUACUGAUGGACGUUGUAUGGGCCGGAGGCAGGGAUGGUCGGCUAUGACCCCAGAGCAGAUGGCAGGAAUAUCUCCAAGGUCGAGGUGGCGGUGGCUGGCUCUGUGUCUGGACUUGUCACUCGGGCGCUGGUCAGCCCCCUGGACGUCAUCAAGAUCCGUUUCCAGCUUCAGAUUGAGCGCCUGUCCCACAGUGACCCCAGUGCAAAAUACCACGGCAUCCUACAGGCUGGGAGACAGAUUCUGCAGGAGGAGGGCCCAGCAGCUUUCUGGAAAGGACACAUCCCAGCCCAGCUUCUCUCCAUAGGCUAUGGAGCUGUGCAGUUUUUGUCGUUUGACCUGCUGACCGAGCUGGUGCACAGAGCCAGCGUGUACAAUGCCCGCGACUUCUCAAUGCACUUUGUGUGUGGCGGCCUGUCUGCCUGCGUGGCCACCCUCGCCAUGCACCCCUUGGAUGUUCUGCGCACUCGCUUUGCAGCUCAGGGUGAGCCCAGGGUCUAUAAAACCCUCCGUGACGCCGUGGUGACCAUGUACAGGACUGAAGGCCCCUUAGUCUUCUACAAGGGCUUGAGCCCCACCUUGAUUGCCAUCUUCCCCUACGCCGGCUUCCAGUUCUCCUUUUACAGCUCCUUGAAGCAAGCAUAUGAGUGGGCCAUGCCAGCCGAAGGAAAGACAAAUGGGAACCUCAAAAACCUGCUUUGCGGCAGUGGAGCCGGAGUCAUCAGCAAGACCCUUACGUACCCUCUGGACCUCUUCAAGAAACGGCUGCAGGUUGGAGGGUUUGAGCAGGCCCGAGUUACGUUUGGCCAGGUGCGAAGCUACAGAGGCCUUGUGGAUUGCGCCAAGCAAGUUCUGCAAGAGGAAGGGUCCCAGGGCUUCUUCAAGGGCCUGUCACCCAGCCUGUUGAAGGCGGCCCUCUCCACAGGCCUUGUGUUCUUCUGGUACGAGUUGUUCUGUAACUUAUUCCACCACAUUAAGAAGGCAGACAGCUAGCUGUGAGGGGACCGAGGGCAGCCUGGAAGUCUCUGACUGGAGCAACCUCCUGCAAGAAGACUGCAUCUCUAAUGUCAUGUUGCACUGAGAGGUGCUGCCUGGUCCGUCCCUCCCAGCUAGCUGUCCUAGGAUGAGAGCCAUCAGAGCAGGCCGCAGCCUUAAUCCCCUCCCUGCUUGGACCCCACGAGUAGGGCAAGGGCUUCCCUGUGAGGAAAUGCAGGAAGAACACAGGACUUGGUCUGCGGGGCCCCAACACUGCAAGCAAGUCAGAGAAGGAGCUUGAAGCUGUAUUUAUCAGUCCAGCCCACCCCGAAGGAAGCAGAUGCCACACUUCUUAGCCCCGUCUGCCAGGAGGACUCUCCUGGGCUGGACGGGCCACGGCUUGAGCAGAGGGCUGGAGUCAGGCUCUUUGUAGGAGUCUGGUCCCCACCCUUGGGCUAUGAUUCAUCCCAGCUUAUUUAAAAAACAUUAAAGCUAAAAGUACAUUC